AUGGAGCCGGCAGCAGCCGCCUCCGAAGUGCUGGUGGGAGCCUCGGAGUUCCUAAAAGAUCGGUUGUACUUCGCUACUUUACGAAAUAAACCGAAAAGUACCGUGAAUACCCACUAUUUCUGUACUGAUGAGGAACUGGUUUAUGAAAACUUCUAUGGAGAUUUCGGACCUUUGAAUUUGGCAAUGUUAUACAGAUACUGCUGUAAACUAAAUAAGAAACUAAAGUAUUUCAGUCUAUCAAGGAAGAAGAUAGUGUAUUAUACCAGUUUUGACCAGCGGAAACGAGCGAAUGCAGCGUUUUUAAUAGGUGCAUAUGCUGUAAUAUACUUGAAGAAGACGCCAGAAGAAGCUUACAGAACACUUUUGUCUGGAUCUAAUCCACCGUAUCUUCCAUUUAGGGAUGCUUCAUUUGGGAACAGCACAUACAAUCUUACGAUCUUGGACUGUUUGCAGGGAGUAAAUAAGGCUUUGCAGCAUGGAUUUUUUGACUUUAAGACAUUUGAUGUGGAUGAAUAUGAACACUAUGAGCGAGUAGAAAAUGGUGACUUCAACUGGAUCAUUCCAGGAAAAUUUCUGGCAUUUAGUGGACCACACCCGAAAAGCAAACUUGAAAAUGGUUAUCCUCUUCAUGCACCUGAAGCCUACUUUCCCUAUUUCAAGAAACAUAAUGUCACAUCAAUCAUAAGACUAAACAAAAAAAUCUAUGAGGCAAAACGCUUUACUGAUGCUGGUUUUGAGCAUUAUGACCUGUUCUUCAUAGAUGGAAGCACACCAAGUGACAGUAUAGUUCAGAGGUUCCUGAACAUCUGUGAAAAUGCUGAUGGUGCCAUUGCUGUACAUUGUAAAGCUGGCCUGGGGAGAACAGGAACAUUAAUUGCCUGUUACAUAAUGAAACAUUACAAGUUCACACAUGCUGAAGCCAUUGCUUGGAUAAGAAUAUGUCGGCCAGGCUCUAUAAUAGGACCCCAGCAACACUUCUUGGAAGAGAAGCAAGCAAUGUUAUGGCUGGAGGGAGAUCUCAUCCGAUCAAAGCAGAAACAAGUAGUUGAUGGAAACAUUAAUAGAGUUCUUUGUGGCUUGAAUGACAUUUCUAUCAGUGACAGCAUGAAUGAAGUACAAGACUUGGAUCAGUACAGGGAGAAUGAUUUUGAAGACAAAGCAGGUGUGGAAGGUCAGAAUGGCAUGACACAGGGAGAUAAGCUUAAUGCCUUAAAAAGUCGGAGACGUACGUGUUCUGCUACAACUGGAGCUCUGAGGCUGCAAGACAUGAAACUGCACACCAGGUCAAUAUCACAACCUUUCAGACUGAAUUCUUCAGGUAGCACAGAAGGAUCCAUGUCUCCUCUGAAGGCCUCCAAAGUGAUGGCAAUUAAUUCACCGUCUGCAGAAAGAAUAAGCAGAUUUUCCACAUCCUCAGGCUCUAAUCUUAAAAGCGUUUCCAUAAACUCCAGACUAGCCAGUUCUCUAGGGAACCUGUAUGCUGCUUCAGAUGAUGAUGAGAGCAAAAGGACAUCAUUGUCCACUAGGACAGGUCUUUCUGUAAGCCAAAUCUCCAGCCACUUGAAUGGCAGCUUGCAGCUGCCUCACAGAAAUAACCAUGAACUGAACAACAACUUAUACAACAGAAACAGCAGUAGUGGCAACAACCUGAGCAGCCAAACCAGUUUUCACAGCGCCGUGACAGAUGAGUACUCAUCAGCCUUCCUUUAUGGGCCUUACAACUCCUCCAGCACGAUACCAGAGUCAAUGAAGUCCCUUCAGUCUGAACAUGUUCAGUACUAA